CAGGAUUGGAGCGGUCGUGACCCGCGGACUUUUGGUACUUCAGUGCAGCUCCGGCUGGCUCUGUUCACUGUCCACCCUACUUUUUCCAACUGCUCCGAACCAUGUCGUCCUGCACCCGCGUGGCGCUGGUGACCGGGGCCAAUAAGGGCAUCGGUUUCGCUGUCACCCGCGAGCUCUGCCGGCGGUUCCCGGGGGACGUGGUGCUCACAGCGCGGGACGAGGCGCGGGGCCGAGCGGCGGUGCAGCAGCUGCAGGCUGAGGGGCUGAGCCCGCGCUUCCACCAGCUGGACGUCACGGACCUGCAGAGCAUCCGCGCCCUGCGCGACUUCUUGCGCAAGGAGUAUGGGGGCCUCGACGUGCUGGUCAACAACGCGGGCGUCGCCUUUAGGAAGACAGAUCCUGUACCCUUUCAUAUUCAAGCAGAAAUAACCAUGAAAAUAAACUUUUUUGGAACCUGGAAUGUGAGCACAGAGCUGCUCCCUCUAAUAAGACCCCAAGGCAGAGUGGUGAAUGUGUCAAGCAUACUGAGUCUCAGCACCCUUAAGCAGUGCAGCCCAGAGCUGCAGCAGAAGUUUAGAAGUGAGACCCUCACUGAGGAGGAGCUGGUGGGGCUGAUGAACAAGUUUGUGGAAGAUGUAAGCAACGGGGUGCAGGAGAAGGAGGGCUGGCCCAGUUCUACAUAUGGAGUAUCCAAGAUCGGUGUCACAGCUCUGUCCAGAAUCCACGCCUGGAAAUUGAGUGAGGAGAGAAGAGGGGACAAGAUCCUGCUCAAUGCCUGUUGCCCAGGGUGGGUGAGAACCGACAUGGCGGGACCCACAGCCCCCAAAAGUACUGAAGAAGGAGCUGAGACUCCUGUAUACUUGGCUCUGCUGCCCCCAGACUCUGAGGGGCCUCAUGGGCAGUUUAUUUCAGAGAAAAAACUCAAACAAUGGUGAACUCAGUUCACACCUCCACCUGUGGCUACAUUUUGUACUAUGGGCUGAUGUAACCCAAAGCACAUUUAAACUGUCCAGGAUAUCCCUAUCCAAGAAAAAAAAAAUCACCAUCCAAGUCCUAAUCUGCUACUAAUUUAUUGGAGUAAGCUACUCACUAAGUGAAUACUAAUUGUAUGAAAUUCUUUUGGUGUCCUCUGUGAUACAAGGAGAUAAAGGGAAAAUUUCUAGAGAUAAGUAAUUCAAAUCAAUAGAUUAAAUAGUGCUUUAUGAAUCCCAUUUCUGCAGGCUGUUUUCAUGCUGACCCAGCUCCAUCUCAAGGUAUAAUCAGCAUUAACAGGAGGUCAGUAGGAGGGACAGUGUGGCUCAGGGCUCAGCAAACUCAGAAGACACACACAGUGCUACCUUCGGCUCUCUGUGCCCUGUAGUCUGUAGCAGGAACUCGGAGCUGCUGUGCUGUGUCAGGAAACCAGACCCAUGACCACCCAGGACCAGAGCUGGAUGUGACACCUGGGCUCGAGGUUACCAAUGUCUUGGAAAAUGGAGAGAACCAGGAGGACAAAGGCAGCUUCCUAAUUCCCUUAAGCCCAAGUCAUUGUGGAAGACAGCCAAAGGCAACACAUUUGGUAUAUGAAUAGUGCUUAGAUGGAGCAGUUGGCCAUUUGAGGCUCUGAGAUAAGAGAACAAUUGUUAGGACCCCGGGUAAGAACAUGUUGCAUGUGUUGGGAUGAAGCAUCAUGAGGCCUGCAUUAUGCCCAUCUUUCUGCAAAAUACAUGCAGAGAAUGAACCAUAUUCAACGUCUCCAGACAUUGGUGUUUACUUGGCUAUUUAGUAAACUAUUUUUUCCUACCUUUUCUGUUUUUGAAAAAAAUUUGAAACAUAAGGAAGGGCCGGGGUAUAGAUCAGCAGCAGAACACUUGCUAUCAUGCAUGAGACUUUGAAUUCACUAUCCAGCAUUGACAUAAAAAUCAUAAGGCCGUGCGUGUUAGUACACACCUCUAAUCCCAGCACCCAGGAGGCUGAGGCAGGAGGAUUACUGUGAGUAUGAGGCCAGCCUGAGC